CUCUCCCCCUCCUCCCUGGCCACCAUAAUCUUUCCGCAUUUUCAUUUCCUUGAUUUCAAAGUGUUUCCUUUUCUAGGUGCUUGAAAGUUGGUAUGGCGGAAGAAAAAACUAUGGGUUCCCCGCCCCCAGUUUCCGAUGCGACGGUGACGGAGAAAUCCGAACCCAAAGAGAUUCCGACCGCCGUGAAGAAGACGGUGGCCGAGUGGGCUUCCUUCAAGGAGGAGAGCAACAAGGUGGAGGAGCUUCCCAGCCCGGAGAAGAAGGCGUUGGAUGAGUUCAAGCAGAUGGUUCGGGAGGCUCUGAACAAUCAUGAGUUCACUCCGAAGCCCGUCCCUCCUCCGGCUAAGGAGGAGACGAAACCCGGAGCUGAGCCCACUUCCGCCGCGGUGGCUCCCGCCGCGGUGGCUCCCGCCGCGGAAGACGAGCCGAUAUCUGAGGAGAAGAAAGAGUCAGAACCGGAAGAGAGAAGAGAUGUGUUGCUUAAGGUUGAGGAAGGGAAAACGGAAGAGCUAAAAGAAACUCUGCCCCCGCCUCCGCCGCAAUCCGAGGAGUCGGAAACACCGGUCGAGGUAGUCAAGGAGACCGUGACCGAGGAGGCCGCACUGGAGAAGGGACGACAAGACAAUCCCUCAUUCCUGGAAGAGCCGGAAAAGGAAACUCAAGUCCCUCCGUUGUCCCCACCAGAAGAGGUCUCCAUAUGGGGGAUUCCCCUUCUGGAGGACGAGCGGAGCGACGUGAUCCUCCUCAAGUUUCUCCGGGCUCGGGAUUUCCGAGUAAAAGACGCCUUCGCCAUGUUAAAAAGCGUUAUAGCAUGGCGAAGCGACUUCAAACCGGAUCAACUUUUGAAAGAAGAAGAGUUGGGUAAGGGCUUAGAGAAGGUGGUGUACAUGCAUGGAGUGGACAGAGAAGGCCACGCCGUCUGCUACAACGCCUUGGCAGAGUUUCAGGACAAGGAGUUGUACCAAACCACCUUUGCAGACAAGGAGAAUCUGAACAAGUUCCUGAGAUGGAGGAUUCAGUUCAUGGAGAAAUCUAUAAGGAAUCUGGAUUUCAGUCCGGAGGGGAUUAACACUUUUAUGCAGGUGAUUGAUCUGAAGAACUCCCCUGGACUUGUCUUCUUCAAAAAAGAACUCCGGCAGGCCACCAACCGGGCCCUCCACCUUCUCCAAGACAAUUACCCUGAAUUUGUCGCAAAACAGGUGUUCAUAAAUGUGCCAUGGUGGUACCCUGCUUACUAUAAGAUGAUCAAUGCUCUUUUCACCACAAGGACCCAGAGCAAGUUUGUCUUCGUAGGUCCUUCCAAAUCUGCAGAGACACUCUUCAAAUACAUAGCCCCAGAGCAAGUGCCUGUUCAGUAUGGUGGCCUUAGCAGAGAGGGCGACUAUGACUUCACUACAAGGGAUCCUGCAACUGAGGAGUACAUCAAACCAACUUGCAAACACACUGUUGAAUUCCCUGUUACCGAGAAAUGCACAUUGGUUUGGGAGGCAAGGGUGAUAGGUUGGGAUGUGUCGUAUGGCUCCGAGUUUGUUCCGGAUGCUGAAGGGGCAUACACGGUUAUUGUAGAAAAGCCCCGAAAAAUUGGACCGGCCGAUGAGACCAUAAUCAGCAACACCUACAAGACGGAGUGUGCAAGAAAGUUGGUUCUUACAUUUGAUAACCAAACAUCCAAGAGGAAGAAACUUCUCUUUAGGUCCAAGACAAAGCCUUCUAAAUGAAAACUAUACAUACUUUGUGAUGAUGAUUCAUUGUGGCUUGUAGUUCAAUCCCAGUGGAAAUGCAGUUCAGAAUAAGAAGCUUUAAUUAUUUUUGUUCGUUUAUAAAUUAUUAUUUUUUAUUCUGUUUCACAUUUUUAAACUAAAGGUGCUAUGAAAUUUGUUUUGUAUUUGUGGGGAUUUUUUUUAAGGAAAAGCUGUUUAAGUUUGACUGUUUGUAUGGUUUCUUUAUGUAAUGGAAAAGACAAUGGGAAUGCCAGGUAGUGACAGAGCUAUGAUACAACAGGUCUUUACUUUUUUCUCGAUAUAUGUGUAAAGUUCAUGGUGAUCCAG